UGGACAGUUAACAUUUCAUUUUCUACAGAACAACUUUCCUCUCUUACAACAUGACUGACAAAACUGGAGAAAUUGACUUAGUUAACAGAGACCCUAAUGGACUUAAUAGUCACUUGGGGACACUCAUGUUCAAUGACGUCAUUGGUGAGCCUGAUGGAACUCACAGUAUCGACUGUGUCUUCAAACUUUCCAAUACGUGUUUUGAGCUCUGGAAAGGACUCUGUUAUAAGCUGCUGACCCUGUGUUGCGGUUGCUGUAUCGCCAUGGAAUGGGGUUGCGAGUUUGCGUACAUUGCCUUCUAUCAUAUUUGGUAUAUUACACCCUGUCUUAAGUGGCUUGAGAUCAACUGUGGAGUUUGCCAACGUCUGUACGCCAUGUGCAUCAACUGUUGCAUGACUCCAUGCUUUGAGUCUUGUGGUGGAAUUUUCCAUCAUUUCAAAAGAGGAUAAAACAACGCGGUUUCAGUCGUGAACGACUCUUCCUAAAUCCACUUAACUUAAUCUAUAUUACUAUUGACUCUGACUGCAGAU